CCCCCUGUUGGUCAAUGGGUGAAUUGUCUCAUUAAUGGCUGCUUCUCUAUUUUUCUCUGGUUCGUGUAUUAUCGACACGAGAAGUUCAGCAACGAAAGCUUUUUUCGAAAGGAGUUUAAAUAUACAGUUUUAGUAGUAUAGGUAAAUAAUCCAAGUUAAAUGCUUGUAGUUGUUUAUAGGUAAAAAAUUAUACGUAACAAAUGUAACUGCAGUAGCCCAUAUAGCUGUGUUUGUGAAUGAUACUAUCACAAGUGCGUCACAAAUGGAUUAUCAUCCUCGUGGGAGAGGAAGAAGGGGUCGAGGGAACCGAAAUGAAGAGAACAGAGAUCUGCGCCUGUCUAAAUCUCUGACUUACGUAUUACGCCACGGUGCCAAUAAGAUGGGUUUUCAGAUGAACUCAGAUGGCUUUGUAUUUGUGGAGGAACUUCUCGCUCAUCAGCAGUUCCGCUCAUUUUCAUUGGAGGAUGUGGAGCGAGUGGUGGCCACCAAUGACAAACAGCGAUUCAAGCUUUGCCACCACACUGAAGAUGGUCGUCUUCUGAUACGAGCCAAUCAGGGUCACUCAGUGCAAGUUACAGAUCUGGAGUUGAGAGAGGUAGCACUUGAUGACCCUGACUAUCCAAGAGAAGCUGUUCAUGGCUCAUACAUGAAAUACUGGCCCUCUAUACGCAGUCAGGGCCUCAGCAGAAUGAACAGAACUCACAUACACCUGGCACCUGGCCUACCUGGAGAGGGCAAAGUCAUCAGUGGUAUGAGACAAAGUUGUGAUUUGGCUGUGUAUAUUGAUGUUGCGAAAGCUAUGUCAGAUGGGAUUAAGUUCUUCUGGUCAGAGAACGGUGUGCUGUUGACCCCUGGAGAUGCUGCUGGGUUGUUAGCACCACGCUAUUUCUCUCGAGCACAAAGUCUAAAACCCUCACCUUGUGAAAUUGAACUACAUUAGCUGUUGGGGAGGAUCUAGAGAUGUUCAUUCGACUUUUGUUCAUUCGAUUUUUGUUCAUUCAAUUAAACUUUUGAAAGCAUUAAAGUGGAAUGUGUCCUUCUAAAAAGAAAUAUCUAAAUAAAACAACAAAAUAUGUCAUUUGCACAA